GCCGCGCGCGCGUUGUGUGAUGUGAUUGUUCUAACGUUUUUUUUUACAUUUUCCUUGUCCCGUUUCUUUGGGACCUAUCUACUGAAAAGCUCUGAUCGAAUAUUUAUUUGUGAAAUGCGAUACAAGUGCGGUUUAGAAAACUACAAAUUUAUAUGUUUCGAAUAAAUUGUACGGUAUUUAUGUUUGUAACUUUUCAUAUUUUGCCAUGUACAAUAUUCGACUGUCGAAAUUAUUCACGUGCAAUUCUGUUAUUGUCAAUCAUUCUCAUUGCGUAAUGCUUUUCGACCAGGCUCGCGGGUUUACUACUAACAAUAACAUCAAGAAAAUAAUAUAUAUGUAUAACACAGAUUUAUUGCUAUUAUUCCAGUACCAAAAUAUCGCAAUUGUAAAGUCAAAAAAAGUCUUAAUAGACAAGGAAUUGAAAAGCUGUGGAAAAUAAAUUCACCUACACAAAUUUGACUACUAGAAAUGGUCAAUACAGACUGGAUUAAAAAAACUUAUCCUCUACAUUGGCUCGUGUGGAACAAUGAUUAUGUCGAACUUGACAAGGAACUCUCCACCAAUCAGCACGACAAGGAGAAACACGAUAACCGAGGAAGGACUCCAUUGAUGCUCUCGGUCACACUGGGAUAUCGAGAAUCUGCUGUUGUAUUACUAAAUCACGAAGCUAAUGUUUACACGGAAAACACUCAAGGAUGGAGCGUGGUCCAGGAAGCGGUAGGGACAGGGAAUGCAGAAAUACUUCAAGGUGUUCUUGCAAGAAGUCAUUAUCAAAGAUAUUGCAGUCGUGUCGAUGGUAUACCCGAGCUGCUACACAAAUUAAAACAGGCACCUGAUUUCUAUGUGGAAAUGAGAUGGGAAUUUACUAGUUGGGUUCCCCUGGCAUCGAGAAUGUGUCCGAGCGACACGUACAAAGUUUACAAGCAAGGUAGCAAUGUUCGAAUCGAUACAACACUGUUGGGUUUCGAUCAUGCUAAUUGGCAGCGUGGAAACCUCAGCUUCGUCUUCAAAGGACAAAAUGAUGGUGCAACAAUGAUGGAAGUAGACCACGAAACUAAAAAGGUCUAUGUAGAACACAUGAAACUCAUCGACGACGAAAACGUUCAAUUAUUGGCUCCCUCCGAGGAAGGAAUUCUUACACGAUUAUCUAAUCCAAUAGUAACGACGUACAUAGACACCGAUAAAAUAAGCUUCGAAAGGAACAAAACAGGCCUGUGGGGAAGGCGCUCUGAUAAGAGCGAAGCAAUAAACGGCCACGAGUGUAAAGUAUUCAGCGCUAGUAACGUCGAAGUUGUUACUAAAACGCGCCUUGAACAUUUGUCCGACACGGAUAAAGCUCGUGCAAGAGCUCCGAGGACACCAUUACAAUCAUUUUUAGGAAUAGCCGAUCAGCAGCCGGAGAACGCUGGGGGGGCUAGCAGCGAUGACUCCACAAAUGUGGGCAACAAUCCAAUGAACAUUAUGGCCGAGGAAUAUUUCGAUCCAGACGUCGAUCUGAAUGGACGAGAUAUUGGAAAGCCGAAAGAAGUGAACACGAAAAUACAAAAAUUCAAGGCUACGCUAUGGCUCAGUGAAGAGUAUCCGUUGAGUUUUCAAGAACAAAUAAUGCCGAUUGUCGAUCUAAUGGCCAUCUCGAAUUCACACUUUGCCAAACUCAAGGAUUUUAUACAAAUGCAGUUACCGUCCGGAUUUCCCGUGAAAAUCGAAAUACCGUUGUUCCAUGUGCUCAACGCAAGGAUAACAUUCGGCAAUAUAUUCGGUCUCGAUCAGGAGAUCCCACAUGUACGUAGAAUACAAGAGAGUCAUCGGAUCACUUGUAUAGUGGAUGAUGUUUGUUUUGAGGCCCCGAACGGUUAUAUCAAAUUAGGAGCCGAGGAUCGAUCACAAUUUAGCAUAGAGGCCGAAGAUGAUCUGCUCCAAUUUGCAAUUCAACAGAGUCUUCUCGAAGCUGGAAGUGAAAAGGACGAGGUUGAUAUAUGGGAGGCUCUUAGGGCACAAAAACCUUCUAGACCGACUACACCGAACAUAACGACAGAAGAGGAACGACAAAUUCAAAGGGCUAUUCAAGCUAGCUUGGCACUUUAUCGAGAAAACGGAAUUUUUCCGGGAAAGUACGGCGAGGUAGACAAUGAACGUGAAAGAAAUCUUAUGAGCCCGAGGAAUGUGAAUAACGAGUUGGAAGAUGAGGAUAAUGAGAAAAAAAGGUGCUGCAACGAGAACAAUGAUAGGGUUUCGAUAGAGGAUACAGCGGAACAGUUGAGGAUUGCUUUGAGGUUAUCAGAACAACAGCAAAUUGAGGAUGAUCAACGUCGUCUAUUGGAGGAGGAAACGUUUCGACAAGUCCUCGAACUUUCACUCACCGAUAAGUGAACACUUCACGAAACUAAAUAUAAAAGAUAGUAUGGGAACAGAAAAAUCUAUUAAAUAACACGAAGAAAAAUAGAAGUAUGAAGUUCCACUCAAAUAAAUGAAUCGAUUAGGAGAGAACUUUCUCGAAUAUUAUCGCUCGCGAUGCUACUCAACAAACUGAAAACGGAAGCAUUUUCAGAACCCAAUUUCAAUAGAAACAAUCAGAAAAUUAUUAUUUCAUUUGUCAAAAACAAAACCGAUUACACUGUACAGAGCAAAUAUUUACUCAUCAGACAUUUUAUACGGGAACCAUUGUAUGCUCAUGUGUAUGGUGAAUGAAUUAUUAAUUUUCAUUACUUCGGUGGAAAACCUUGAAUAAAAAUUUUUGAAAAGUGAGACGCAAAAUUUUCUGAAAUUAUCUCUUCAAAAUAAGGUGCAAUCCAGAAUAUACAAUGACACUGCAUUGUUUAUUUCAUAAUUAAUGUUUUAUAUCUGUAAAUUUUUAAAAAGAGUUUGAACUCAUCGGAUCUUUGUUCCGUGACGUUAAUCUACAAAAUUAAUCGAAAAAGCAAAUGGUCAAGAAAAAUAAAAGUGGGAAUUGAUAAAACAAUUAACCAAAAUUGAAGUUUGCUUUCAAUUCACUGUCAUUGGUGGCAGCUUAAUCAAAUGAUUUCUCCACGGGACAAAGGAACGACUAACUUAGUUCAAUAGUAUAGUGUAAAUAAAUAACAGAAAAUAAACAUGAGCAGCGACAUCGAUGCGGUGAAUAAAUACUUUAAUUGAAAGUAAAUAGAAACAAAAUGAAGACAUUGGAUUUUCUCUGUAAUAUUGUAAGUUACCAAUAAUGUUGAUUGUCAAUAAAAAAUAAUUGAUAAAUAAA